AUGAGAGAAACCUUUGGUGCUGCGCAGGUGGCCAGCGCCCAGAAUGUGACCGUCAAGACGUCGCCCGCGCCGCCGGCGAAAGACAAGUCCCCGCCGCCGCCCAAGGAGCCCGAGUGCGAGAUCAAGUGCGUGAGCGAUGGCUACUACGAGAAGGAGUGUGUCAAGCGGGAGCUUGAGUGCGCCCAGGAGUCUUGUGUCAAGUACAAGAGGGGCAAGUGCGCCAAGGAGGCGGAGAAGUGUGUUGAGUUCAAGAAAGUGUGCGUCAUGGAGCAAUGCGUGGAGUUCAAGAGGGAGUGCAUCAAGUACGACACGCUGUGCCUCGAAUACUCCAUCAACAACAGCACCUACGAAAUGAAUUGCAUCAAGGAGGAGGCGGUGUGCCUCAAGUACACCACGCAGUGCGUCAAGCGCGACUGCUAUAAAUACGACCUCGUCUGCUCCAAGACUGAUAAGGAGUGCGUGAUGUUUGAUUAUGAAUGUGAGAAGAAAGAGUGCCUCCACAACGAAGUGACGUGCAAGAAAACCGAGAGAGUGUGCAAGAGGACGGCAGAAUUCUGCAAAGAGCCGAAGAAAGAGGAAAGCCGCGGCUAG